CAGUGAGACUCCUUACCCUGACUGGUCUAUCUGGCUGCGUGUGUGGUAUAAGAAAAAUACAAACCAAAUUCCUAUGUUUUGUGUUUUACUGCAACUCAGCAGUGCCGAGUUGGAUGGGUGGUUUUACAUACACAAAGUGGUAAACACUUACUUUUCUUUCACAAUUCAUGACGCUACAAACAAACAAAAAAAACAAGUUACAUACUUGCAAUAAAACAAUGAAAACAAGCUUGUAUAUGAAAUGACGUAAAACAAGUCUAAAUUCACAAAGACUGAUGCCAAACAGCCAAUACAUUAUACACAAGAAAUAACGCACACAACAAAAACAUAUUUUUACUUUAAAAACAAAAAUUCCAAAGUUUUACUUUUCGCAUACGUACCCACACAGCCCAGAUACUUUAUACACUGAUAAACAAAAAAAUUAUACAAGUUAAACUGCAAUACAACAAAAAAAUACAAUAAAACCCAGCAUGUAUUAACAAAAAUAAUAUAUAAUAAAUAAUUUUUUUAGUGCUUAAAAAAUAACUGCAGAGAGUAUGGAAACAAGUGGAAAAAAAGGAAAACGUACACCAAAACGGAAAUCAUUUGCUGAAAAUGAAGGUUACGUGGUUCCUAAAAAGGUCAAUGCCAACUCAAAUGGAAGUAAAAUCAGAAGAUGUCAAAAAGCGACUUGUCCAAGCAAAAGUCUUAAGUGCUUUGCUGAAGCUGCUGUUAAUUGUGCAAGAACUGGUAACACAUCAAGAUGGUAUCAUAUGUCAGACUUCGAACAUUUUUGCAAUGAUUGCUUUGACUAUUUUUACAGAACACACAAAGAGGGAUAUAAGCGAUACGAACCUUGGAGAGCACACUGGAGUUCAAACUGUCGUAAAGAAGGCUCAUUAAAGUUGUUCUUCGCUGAAGAGAUAAUGCCAUUUUGGGUGCAAUGUAACAAAUGUGACAAAUGGCGUGAGCUUGAGAAUAAUAAAAUUGUAGUCAAUAAGAAAUUUUGUGAAACUUUUGUCUGUUCCAACGUGGAUGAUCUUAAUUGUGAUACUGCUGAAGAUGAGGUGACAAAGCAAGUGAAAAAUUAUAAAUGGAUCCAUUCAAUAACGUGUUUACCAUAUUUAAAAGACAGUCCUGCUUGUCCUUUUUUAAAAGAUUUUUAUUAUGAUGGUAUUGGAUUAAGCCCGCCAAAGAAUCCCUCUGAAGAGCCCAAACAAAAAUUUACUGAAAAUAUGAUACCCUUCUACAGUCCUGAAGAUUCUGAGAAAGCACGGUGUAUCUGUGCAGAUGUUAUGACAGGUGAAGAAAGAGAAGAAUUCCCUCAUCAUAUCAAAGAUGCUUCAAUUUAUCUCGGUUUACGGAAUCUUGUUAUGGCAAUGUGGAGUAUUAAUCCAAAGCAAUAUCUAACUUACAGGGCAUGUUUGAAUUAUAUGAUCUGUAGAGGUCUUGCGAGGAUAACACUGGCAGAAGAAUUAAAAAAGAUAUUAGAUUUCCUAACAAUUAAUGGUUACGUAAAUUUUGGAAUUCUUCCACGUGUUCCAAAGCCAUUUAAUUUAGAUUAUUGGAAGGGCUCUGUUGUUGUAAUUGGUGCAGGCAUAGCUGGUGUUGGUGCAGCGAGACAAUUGCACAAUGCUGGUUGCAAGGUUACGAUACUUGAAGCUUCUGAUUGCUGUGGUGGGCGUAUAAAAGACGACAAUACUUUAGGAAGUUGUAUUGGACUGGGUGCACAAAUAAUAACAGGAUGUAUAAAUAAUCCAUUGUAUGUCAUGUGUGAGCAGGUUUCGUUACCGUUGCGAUAUUUGGGAAUGCGAUGUGAUUUAGUGGAUAACCAUGGAUUUUUAGUUGACUCACCAGUAGAUCAGGAAGUGGAAUUUCGUUUUAAUUUAAUGCUAGACUCUUUAGAAGACUGGAAACAAUCAAUCGAUAAAGGCAAACAUGAGCUUUUUUCCCUAUCAGAAGCUCUAGCAGAACAACAGAAAGAAUUACAAAAAAGUUUGUGUAAAGAAAUGUCAGAGGAAGAAAACUGUUUACUUCAAUUUCACCUUGGUAAUCUUGAAUAUGGUUGUGGAUCAUCACUUCAAUAUGUGUCUGCAGUACAUUGGAAUCAAAAUGAAGAAUUCCCACAAUACAGUGGUGCGCAUGCGUGGGCAAUAGAUGGGUUUGAAAAGAUAGUGCAUGAAAUGAUAGAUGGACUAGAUGUUAAAUAUUCCUCACAGGUUGUUUCUGUAGAUAGCUCUGGUAAAAAAGUUGUUGUGAAGACAAAGUGCGGUGAAACGUACAAAGCUGACAAGGUUAUAUCAGCCCUUCCAUUAAGUAUAUUCCAAUCACGAUCGAUCAAAUUUAAUCCGCCAAUCCCUACAGAAAAACAAAACGCAUGCGAUCGAUUAGGUGCAGGACUGAUAGAAAAAAUUGCGCUGAAGUUUAAAACACCAUUCUGGCGUAGCAAGAUCGGCGAAGCGGAUUAUUUUGGUCACGUACCUGAGUCAGUGAAAGAUCGUGGAUUAUUUUCGGUAUUUUAUGACGUCUCAAAAGGUGAAAACUACAUCUUGAUGACAGUUGUUGCUGGCGAAGCUGUCAAAGUUAAAGCAGAGAUGACGGAUGAACAACUUGUAGAUAAAUGCAUUGAAACACUGAAGAAAAUAUUUAAACCUGAGGGUGAGCUGAAACCAGUUUCAUACGUAAUCAGUAAUUGGGCGAGUGAACCUUCUACUAAGAUGGCGUACUCUUUUGUUAAAGUCGGUAGUUCCGGAAAAGAUUGCGAUAUCUUGGCAACUAAUAUGGAUGAAAAGAUUUACUUUGCUGGAGAGGCAACGAAUCGACAAUUCCCUCAAACGGUGACUGGCGCCUACUUGAGUGGUUUGAGAGAAGCAAAAAACAUUCUUCGAUCGGGAACUUGACAACUGUUUCGAGAUGUUUGUCAAUAUAUUUGAGAUUCCGUAGAAGAAAGGUCGAAAAGUGAUCUGUUGGUUGGAAUGCAUCAUCAGAAAGAAUUGAAAAUGGCUAAUAUUGGUCGAGUGAGUGUUGAAUAGAGCGAUUUGGAGGUGUUAUGAUAAGUGUGAAAUAAGGCGAUUUGAAGGUGUUACGUUGAGUGUGAAAUAGUGCGAUUUGAAGGUGGUAUGUUGAGUGUGAAAUGAGCGAUUUGAAGGUGUUAUGUUGGAUCUCUUGCCAGUAUUCUGUUGCAUUUUGGACUUUUUUGUACAUUUUCGUGUGUUUAGCUAGGUUAAUAUAUCAUAUUUAUACA